GUCGGCGUGAAUCGCAGCGCGCCCGUCGGGCACUACAGCGACGGCGCCCCUCGCACCAAGAAAGACAGCCUCACAGCCUUUUAUUGGUCCAACUGCAUUUCGAAGCAGCGCCAUUUGAUCACAGCCGUUCGCAAGAGCGGCUUGCGCGGCUGCGGCUGCCGCGGCGUUUGCACGAUCGACGGCGCAAUGCAA